AUGCAUACACCCAAUGUCUCCGCCUUCCUAUGCCUCCUCCUCCUAGCACCGUCAACCCUUGCAAUCCCCGUUUCAUCUGCAUCAAAAGCCCUCAUCCGCAAACAAUCCACCACAUCCACCUCGGACUCUUCCUCGAAUUCAAACUCGCAGACAAGUACAAACACCAACGCCGGCUCAAACACGAACAUCGGAAUCCCCGACGGCCCCUACUACAACGACAACGACUUUUUCGACACGGCGUUCGGGGAGAAUGCAUCCGCCUCAGAGUCUGAGUCUUCGUCCCACUCGCAAGAUCACGAUGGUCCUGGCUCCUCAACAUCAACCUCUACGUCCAGCUCUGAGGAGUCGGAAGACUCACACUCCCAAGUGACAACCGGCUCGGAUACAAACAUCGGCAUCCCUGAUGGUCCUUCGGUGAAUCUGGGCGAGUGGUACGAGACUUCUUAUGACGAGGCGGAGAACCAGUCGCAGUCAGAAUCGCAUACCGACUCUCAGCCUCCCAUUCCUGUUCCUGUUCCCCAGGAGGAAGAAAAACCAGAGGGAGAAAAAGAAGAAGAGAUUCCAACGCCCUCUCUCCCUCUGCCACCACCACCAACCUCGUUCCCUCACUCUGUUGAUCUACCUACGCCCGUGCCUGUUCCGGGCGUUGGGACGCCGGUUGCGACUGAUGGUCCUGAAGUCACGGAGGAGCAUGGUGAGCUCGAGGAAGAAGAUGAGGAGAUUGGGCAGUGCCCCGCUCCAGGAUCUGAGGAAGACGACGGAGCUCCGGCUGAGCUAGAGGUUGUGCAUGAGCCGCAGGAUCUUGUUGAGGAGAUUAAGGUGGUUGAGGAGCCGGAGAAGAUGUGUUCUUGCGCUUGA